AAACGCGCCUGGAGAAGAGUGGAGACGCCGGACGCCGGUUCGGUUCCACUUGUAUAUUGCCCCUUGGCCCAUUGUUUGAUCCGUUCACCACGACGGCGUCCCAACAUAUUGUGAAAAACUUUAUUCAUCACGUUUUUCCCUAAUCCAUUUCUCCUUUAACUUCCGAAAAUUUUUUUUCAUCAAUAUGAUAUAAAUCAAGUGCAAUUAUCAUUACAACCGGACUCUAUCAACGACUGAAUUGAGUGAUUGUUGACUACUGAAGUUUUAUUAUUUUAUUUGUGUUGUGCUGGGUAGUUCACAUCACGUGAUAAACAUGGUGGCCAGCUCGAAAAUGAUGAACGUCAGGGUAACCACGAUGGAUGCCGAGCUGGAGUUUGCCAUCCAGCAGGCAACCACCGGCAAACAACUGUUCGAUCAAGUUGUUAAAACCAUCGGUCUACGUGAAGUUUGGUUUUUCGGACUCCAGUAUACAGACAUUAAGGGUGAUCUCACCUGGAUCAAGCUCUAUAAAAAGUCUGGAGUGCCAUUCUUCUCUAGGGUGCUACCAUGUGGCCGGAGAAAUAUCUGGCACGUCCUGAGCCAGGAGGUGAAAAAGGAGAAUCCAUUGCAGUUCAAGUUUCGUGCCAAAUUCUAUCCUGAGGACGUUGCUGAGGAACUUAUACAAGAUAUCACUCUGCGACUUUUUUAUCUGCAGGUGAAAAAUUCCAUCCUCACUGAUGAUAUUUAUUGUCCGCCUGAGACAUCUGUAUUGGUGGCAUCUUAUGCAGUUCAAGCGAGACAUGGCGACUUCCAAAAGAUACUCCAUACAGCUGGCUUUUUAGUCAAUGAUCGUCUUCUUCCCCAGCGUGUUAUGGAUCAGCACAAAAUGAGUAAAGACGAAUGGGAAAGUUCCAUUACUACCUGGUGGCAGGAACAUCGUGGUAUGCUUCGGGAAGAUGCUAUGAUGGAAUACCUAAAGAUCGCUCAAGAUUUAGAGAUGUAUGGAGUAAACUACUUCGAGAUAAGAAACAAAAAAGGAACUGAAUUGUGGUUGGGUGUUGAUGCACUUGGACUCAACAUCUAUGAGAAAGAUGACAAAUUGACGCCUAAAAUUGGUUUUCCCUGGUCAGAAAUUCGGAAUAUUUCAUUCAACGAUAAGAAAUUUAUUAUCAAACCAAUUGAUAAGAAGGCACCAGAUUUUGUAUUCUUUGCCCCAAGAGUUAAGAUCAACAAAAGAAUUUUAGCACUUUGUAUGGGCAAUCAUGAAUUGUAUAUGCGUAGGCGCAAACCCGAUACUAUUGACGUUCAGCAAAUGAAGGCUCAAGCGCGUGAUGAGAAAAUAGCGAAACAACAGCAACGUGAGAAACUCCAGUUGGAGAUAGCGGCACGCGAACGUGCGGAGAAGAAGCAACAAGAGUAUGAGGAGAGACUCAGAAGUAUGGCCGAAGAGAUGGAUAGGCGGCAGGCUGAACUCAAUGAAGCACAGGAAAUGAUUAGACGUCUGGAGGAACAGCUGAGACAAUUGCAGCAGGCUAAAGAGGAGCUUGAAGAUCGUCAAAAGGAAUUGACUGCAAUGAUGGAGAAACUCGAGCGUUCUCAUGAAAUGGAGGCUGCUGAACGGGCCAAGUUGGAGCAAGAAAUACACGCCAAGCAAGAGGAAGUUAUGCGUAUUCAGUCAGAAGUUGAGGCUAAAGAUGCCGAAGCACGCCGAUUACAGGAAGAGGUUGAGGCCGCUCGGGUACGACAAGAGGAAGCAGACAGGGCUUUCCAAGCUAGUACUACUCCUCAUCAUCAUCAUGUCGAGGAAAAUGAAGAUGGCGAAGAUGAAGGAGAGGAUGAGACUCCCCAUGGUGAUGUUACUAAGGACCUAAUCACGGACGAAUCAAUCAUUGAUCCUGUUGAAGAACGACGUACACUUGCUGAGAGAAACGAGCGCCUUCAUGAUCAGCUCAAGGCAUUGAAACAAGAUCUUGCUCAAUCUCGAGAUGAAACCAAGGAAACAGUCAUGGAUAAAAUUCAUAGGGAAAAUGUCCGUCAAGGUCGUGACAAAUACAAAACUUUGCGUGAAAUUCGCAAAGGUAAUACCAAGCGUCGUGUUGAUCAAUUUGAAAAUAUGUAAAUUACUUACGUAAAGCAAUAUUUUCAAAAAGUAACGAAAAUAUGAGAUCGAUCAGAGAGUUUAAAAAAUAAGAGUUAAUAAUACAAAUGAAUACAAAACGUCACGUCCAAUGCUAUUUGCAAAUUUCUCUUCUCAUCCUUAGAAGCUUGACAGAAAGUCACUAUAAAAACAUUUGCAUUAUACAAUGUCAUGAAGAGAGAAAAGGAAAAAAAUGCAUUUUGAUCAAUAAACUAUAUUGACGUAGCCUCUUCUUUGGUCACGAGCAAACAUUUUUGCAUUUUAUCGUUUCCAUUUACUCUCCCUCUUCUCUGUAGUAUUAAUGCUCAAUAAUUCAAAGGACAGAAUUUUCUGUUCCUGGAAUCGAUCAUUGGUUUCUUGCAUUAUUGAAAGAAAAGAAGGAAAAAAAAUACAAUUUGCAUAUCUCACUGAAAGGAUAUUUAACGCCUUGCAAUCUCUUCAUGUUAUUAAACUAAACAUAUUUUUUUUGCCAUUUUUGAAGUUGAAGUUUUGUAGUUGUCAAUCCCUUCUACGAUAUUUGCGAGAAUACGAAUGUUUUUAUGAAAACGAAGAAAAAAACUUUUUUUUCUUGUAAAAUACUCUAUUUUAAAUUUUACAGAAUCAAGUGGGAUUGAUUUGAACUUUGCAUAUAAACAAAAUAUACGAUUUGUAAUAUUGAACAUUAUAGCGCGUUAUUUUCUGAAAUAUCAUAGCCUCGACGGCCUAUCCUCGAAUUUUUGAUACCUUUGAAAGUUGCAAUUCAAAAGCGAUUGUAUACUGCAAAAGAAUUUUGAAAACACUAUUGUGGCCUUCCUAGUGAAUAUAAUGUAAACACGCAAAUCACGAGUAGAGUGAAACUAUUUACUGGCAAAUGCUGGCCAUGUAUUUCUUCCAUCACCCAUUUUCGAGAGUAAACCUUUGAUUGAAAAGCAUUUCAGCAAUGAAGAAAACCAAAUAGUGAAAAUUUAUUGGAUGAGAGACCUUUUUCUAAACUGUCGUUCGCUGUAUGUCUCUCUCUUGUUUUUGUUUUCUUGCGGAUAAAUGACAAUGAAUAAAUGGGAAGGAUGCGAAAACAAGUGUGAGUGUGGGUGCGAUGAAUGGACAAAUGUCAGAAGCAAAAGAGGAUAAUAAAAAAAUACGAAAGGUAAAACUGAAUAUGAGGUCGGGCACUUUAAAAAACUAUAUAUAUGUCUGAACGUAUAUAGAUUUUUGUGCUUUUACCCUCCAUCAUUUGAGGAGAUAGAAGUAAUCCAACCUGUUGAUGCUGCCAAUGUUUUUUACACGGGAAUUUAAAUAUUUUGAGAGCCUUAUAACAACAAUUUGAUAGAUUUUUUUCCUCUUAAAAAUAUUUGAAAUCUUGUUACUCUAUCAGCGAAUGAAUUUUUACCAGGUUUUAGAGCAUGAUCCGAAGGAAAAUAAUCAAAUGAUAUAUCAAUAAAAGAUGAUUCAACUGAGGCGAAACUUUAUCAUCCAUUUUCAAAGAGUAAUGGAUUAUUUUUGAUUGUAUUUAAUAUUAAUAUUAACAGAAUAGCAGCGUUAUUACAUUAAUGUUUACAGUUGACUAGCGUUAUAGAAUAUUAUUACGAUGAUUGUGAGGAAAAUAUGAAAUAUUCUGAAGUGACGAGGAAGAGAUGAUCUACAUCAUUUUUUUUCUCUUUCGUCAAAAAGCUUCACGUCACAAUAUAUUAUUUUCGUUGCAAACAAAACAAAUGUUUUUCAUCCUGUGCAGAAAAGUUGACCAUAAUUGACCAUUAAAUUACUGUUAAGACAUUCCAAAAUGAAUAACGCUUAUAUAAAAUGAUUCUCGAACCGAUAAACAAAAAAUCUAAUAAUGUGCAGUUUUUUUGUUUUCUUCUUUUUCAACAAAAACAUAAACAUAAAAAAACCUACGUACUUAAAUUAAUGGAAAUAAAUUGUUUCAUACAAAAUAUUGAUUAUUGA